AUGCCCCCCACUCGUCGCCGCGGUGGCCACGCUACAGCCGCUCGCUCAAACCAGGCGACUCUCUCUUUCGGAUCCCAGUCCAGGGUUACCAAGCCGUCGGCGACGCCGACGCAAACACAAAAAACUAAGGACCUUGAACCAGUUGUCGCUUCUAUCUCUGAGAAGGUCCUAGUACCAGAACAGGCACCUGUUACAGCUGCCGAACCCUCGCAGCCGCAUGUGGCGGAGCUUGCUGUGAGGCAACAGGCUCAGGCGGAGAUCCAACAGCCCUUGUCAGAGGAGGACGAGAGGGCGAUAAAGAUUACCGAGAAGGAUCUACAGCAUUAUUGGAGGGCCGAGGAAGAGAAAAUAAGGGGUCCUCGGUUUCAUCAGCAAGAUCUCACCCUACACGAGAAAAUUCUGCGACAUUUUGAUCUUUCCAGCCAAUUUGGGCCUUGCAUCGGAAUUGCUCGAUUGAAGCGGUGGAGACGCGCAGAAUCUCUAAACCUCAACCCACCAAUCGAGGUCUUAGCCGUGCUACUCAAACAGAAGGAUGAGUCGGAACAGCGAGCAUACAUUGAUAAGCUUUUGUCCUGA